AAUGCCCUCCCAUGGGACUGGAGACUUUGAAGAUUGAUGACUUCCAGCUUCACGCUUCAACCACGAAACGCUAUGGCCUCGGUGCACACAGAGGUCGUCUUAACAUUCAGGCUGGCCUUUAUGAAGACGUCUAUGACGGGGCCUGGUGCGCUGGGAGAGAUGACCCACUGCAGUGGUUUGAGGUGGAUGCCAGGAGGCUGACAAAGUUCACAGGGGUCGUCACUCAAGGCAGGAGCUCCCUCUGGUCGAGUGAUUGGGUGACCUCGUACAAGGUGAUGGUGAGCAACGACAGUCACACUUGGAUUACACUGAAGAAUGGCUCAGAAGACUUGAUCUUCAUUGGAAACAGAGAGAAGGAGAUCCCAGUCCGGAACAUCUUCCCGGUUCCCGUGGUCGCCCGAUACAUUCGAGUCAACCCAAACUCCUGGUUCACCAUCGGCAACAUCUGUAUGAGAGUGGAGAUCCUUGGCUGUCCUAUGCCAGAUCCAAAUAAUUACUACCACAGGCGUAAUGAAGUCAUAACCACUGACAAGCUGGACUUCCGACACCACAGCUACAAGGAAAUGAGACAGCUUAUGAAGGUGGUCAAUGAAAUGUGUCCCAACAUCACCCGCAUCUAUAACAUAGGAAAGAGCCACAGUGGCCUCAAGCUGUACGCUAUAGAGAUAUCCGACAACCCGGGAGAGCAUGAACUUGGUGAACCGGAGUUUCGUUACACAGCGGGUUCCCAUGGUAACGAGGUGCUGGGGCGAGAGCUUCUCCUCCUGCUGAUGCAGUUUAUGUGCCUGGAGUAUCUGUCCGGCAACCAGCGGAUCCGUCACCUGGUGGAGGAAACCAGGAUCCAUCUUUUGCCAUCUGUCAACCCCGAUGGGUACGAGAAGGCCUUUGAAGCGGGUUCAGAGCUCAGUGGCUGGUCUCUGGGUCGAUGGAGCAACGAUGGCAUAGACAUUCACCAUAACUUCCCCGAUCUCAACUCAAUACUGUGGGAGGCCGAGACCAAGAAGUGGAUCCCCCGUAAAAUGUUGAACCACCAUGUGCCCAUCCCGGAAUGGUACCAGUCCAAAAACGCUUCGGUUGCCGUGGAGACACGCGCUCUGAUUGCGUGGAUGGAGAAGAUGCCCUUUGUGCUGGGUGGCAACCUCCAGGGCGGGGAGCUGGUGGUGACCUUCCCGUACGACAAAACCCGCUCCCAAGGGGUCACCAGGGAGCCCACCCCUACCCCGGACGACCACGUCUUCCGCUGGCUGGCCUUCUCCUACGCCUCCACCCACCGCCUGAUGACUGAUGCUAACAGAAGGGUCUGCCACACUGAAGAUUUUGCCAAAGAGGACGGCACCAUCAACGGGGCGUCCUGGCACACAGCGGCUGGCAGUUUGAAUGAUUUCAGCUAUUUGCACACCAACUGCUUUGAGCUGUCGAUGUAUGUGGGCUGUGACAAAUUCCCUCACGAGAGCGAGCUGCCAGAGGAGUGGGAGAACAAUCGCGAGUCUCUGCUCGUCUUCAUGGAGCAGGUGCAUCGCGGGCUCAAAGGUGUGGUGCGGGACCUGCAAGGGCGCCCGAUUGCUAAUGCCACCAUCGCUGUGGAGGGAAUCAGCCAUGAUGUUUGCACAGCUGCUGAUGGUGAUUACUGGCGCCUGCUGAACCCCGGGGAGUACCGAGUCACCGCCAGAGCCGAGGGCUACAGCGUCACCACCAAGAAGUGCGAAGUGGGCUACGAGAUGGGCGCCACCAAGUGCGACUUCUUCAUCGGCCGCACCAACCUGUCCCGAAUCAGAGAAAUAAUGGAAAAGUUCAACAAGCAGCCAAUCAAGAUGCCAAUCAGGCGGCUCCAAGCCCGCAGGUCCAGAGAGAGACGGCUGGGAACAUCAUGACUGUACGACGAGGAGAGAGGAAAUGUUAAAAAGUAACAUCUGCUCUCAUCAGACCGGGGUGAAGCCCAAGAGUGGGUUUGGACCUCUGUCAGGUUCCCCUGAGUGAAAAUUUAAAAGAGGAUUAUUUAAACAGGAUGCUUCAUUUGUUAUGUGUGUGUGUGGUUUGGUUUUUCUCUUGUUCCCAGAUAUAAGCUCUCUUUUAUCUGAUGUCAUCUCUUUUUUUUAUAUAUAUAUAAUGACUGUUAAAGAUAUGAUUCUGUCAGAGGCCUGCUUUAUGAUUUAACCCUUUGUUUUAUAAUUAGAAAUAAGACCUCCACCUUCAAAAAUAUCUGCAGAUUUAAAAAAACAAACGAUAAGAAAGAAAGAAAGAAAGGUGAGGAGGAAUCUGUUUUGAGUGUAACUCUAAGCACUGUGAGGAAAGGCUGUGACUGUCACUAAUGUACAUACUUAUUAACUUAUGUAACAGCGUUAUGUAAACCAUUACAAAAGCUUCAUUACUUGCACUUGUACAUUGUUCCGUUCUGUUUAAAAACCUGGACUCGGUGACCGUUUGUGUGUCACUGAUUUUGUUUUGUUUUUUUACACGUUGCUUUUGGCAAGUUAUUAAAUAAAGACUGUUUGCACACUU